UUUCCUUAUGUCAACGAGGAGGGUACCUAGGUAGGCAAUUGGAUGUCCCCAAUGUUGACUAGAGGCCGGCACUCCCUGCAGCACGCCGAUAACGAUAGCGACGUGCCUGCUGUCGGGUUCACUAACGACGACUCAACUUCGUCCUCCGACACCUACCUGCCUACCUCACUACCUACCUACAUCACCACCCCUUGUCAUCCGCGAAACAGCCGUCCGAGCCGUUCCCUCUUACUUCUCUUUCCCUACGAGUUUUCCAAACUUCUCUAGCUUCCAUUACAUCUCGAUAUGCCUCAAGACCCGAACCUUUACGGUCAACCGCCACCCAAGAAACGCAAGACCUCCACGGCCUUCGGCAACUCCCUCGACUUCACUGCCCAACUGACGUCCCUCAUGUCCGCAUCCCCCACCACAACCUCCGCGCCCGCCCGCGCCCGUCCCUCGAGAACAAAAGAUCUCGUUCUUGGCGGCGCAAGGUCCAAAGCACGUGGUGGCGGUAGCGGUAGUAUCGUCCCGGCAGACGCAUCCACUAAGCUUAACCUCAAAGAACCUCUCGGCACGGAAGAAGAUUCCUCGAACCUCGCCCGCGCACGGCGCAGGAUGGAAGAAAAGGCGCGCCUCUACGCCGCAAUGAAGCGAGGCGACUAUGUUCCCAAAGAGAAUGAGUCGGCGCCCCUCAUAGAUUUCGACCGGAAAUGGGCCGAGUCGGAAGCGGACAAGGACAACAAGGCCGGGACGAGCUCUGGCUCUGGCUCCGACGACGAGGCCGACCAAGACAAAGACGAGGGAAACGUCAUCAUAGAGUAUGAAGAUGAGUUCGGCCGUCUCCGCCGCGGUACACGAGCAGACAAGGAACGCCUCGAGCGCCAGCGCCGUCGCGGCCUCCUCGGCGCCGAGGAACUUGAGCGCAUGUCUGCCCGCCCCGCCGCGCCCGCGAAGCUUCUCUACGGUGACGCUAUCCAGACCAUGGCCUUCAAACCCGAGGACCCGGACAGGAUGGAGGAGCUGGCGAGCAAGCGCGACCGCAGCGCCACGCCGCCCGAGGCACGGCAUUACGACGCCGACAGCGAGAUCCGCACGAAGGGUACGGGCUUCUACAAGUUCAGCAAGGAUGAGGAGACGCGAAAAAGGGAGUUUCGGAACCUCGAGGAUGAGAGGAUAAGGACGGAGACUUCGAGGAAAGAGCGGGAGGACAAGAAGGAGGCAAGACGCCGGGAGGUUGAGCAGCGGCGGAAGGAUGUAGAGGCGAAGAGGGCAAAGAAACUGGCAGACAGCUUUUUGGACGGUUUAGCGGCCGGUAUGAAUAGUAAUAAAUCAAGAUAA